GCGUGCCAUGGACCCUGCACACGUGGCUGGAGUCCCUGCGGACGUGCUUUGUGCAGCAGCGGCGACCGCUGAUCCAAGGCCUGCUGAAGGACUUCAGCUGCAUUAAAGAAGACGAGUACACAGAGGAACUUAUCACGCACGGACUGCCACUCAUGUUCCAGAUCCUUCGAGCCAGCAAGAAUGAGGUGAUCAGCCAGCAGCUGUCAGUAAUCUUUACCCAAUGCUACGGGCCUUUCCCAAUCCCCAAACUCACAGAGAUCAAAAAGAAGCAAACGUCACGUUUGGAUCCACACUUUCUCAACAAUAAAGAGAUGUCUGACGUGACAUUUCUGGUGGAAGGAAAGCCAUUUUAUGCCCAUAAAGUGCUGCUUUUUACUGCCUCAGCAAGGUUUAAGUCUCUGCUCUCUAACAGACCAGCAGCUGAGAACACGUGCAUCGAGAUCAGUCAUGUCAAGUACAACAUUUUUCAGCUGGUAAUGCAGUACCUCUACUGUGGUGGCACUGAGUCUCUGCACAUCAGGAACACUGAAAUUAUGGAGCUCCUGUCUUCAGCCAAAUUCUUCCAACUUGAGGCUCUCCAAAGACACUGUGAAAUCAUCUGCUCCAAGAACAUCACGACCGACACCUGCGUGGACAUAUACAAACAUGCUAAGUUCCUGGGGGCCUCGGAGCUGGCAGCCUUCAUCGAGGGCUACUUCCUGAAGAACAUGGUGCUCCUGAUCGAGCUGGAGAACUUUAAGCAGCUACUGUAUGAGGUUCCUGCCGAGAGCCCCGGUCCAGGCCCGUCCUACGACGUCCUCCAUGACCUCGAGAGAACCCUGGCCCUGCGCAUCCGCUCCAUCCAUCUCUCAACCUCCAAGGGCUCCAUCGUGUGACACGUUCUCCAUGCUCAUGCCAACUGUUCCUUACAGCGGUUUCAUCAAGAGCUCCAUUAUUGUGUGCCAACCACUUGGAGACAUUUCAAACAUCACCGCCGACAUGACAAGCACCUGCCCGACGGGAUGAGCUGUAGGGAAGGCCAAGAGAUGGGUUUUAGUCCACAGGCUAACAUCUCCACAACGUUGCAGAAACGUCAGCCUGCGGAGCUCAUACCAUUCCAAGGGCUACGUUACGUCGUGGAAACAUUCUAGCAACGUUGUGACAAGCUAAUCACGCCCCAACCAAUGUUAGUGCCCAGGGAAACCAUGGCUUCUGAUGUCAUCACUGCCUCGGCGAUGCAUGUGGAUUGGGCCAGUUUCAUUUUUAGGUGGAACUGUCACCAGGCUACCCGCUGUGGACAGUUUUAGUAACACACACAGUUAUAUUACUGUACUCUCCGAUUGAUGUAAUAGUGUUAGCCUGCCCUCUGAACCCUGAAUUUGUGUAACAUUUUCUCCAAGUGUCACUAAACGCUAAGCCAACAAUGCAUGUUAGGUUCGGUAGGUGAUAUCGCCAUCAAGUUCCUAAGCAUUUGUUUUCAAGUUAGGACAAAAACAUCCGCUAGGUGUAGAGUUUGUAAAACGGAGGUGUUUUAUAUACUUACUAAUACUCACAUCCAACUACAACUUUUGGUAUUUGUGACACAGAACAAUAUGCCGGCUGUUUAAAUCCUAGCACUUGUGUUUAAAGCUUCGCGGUUUUAAGGAAUAGGGAUUUGCUACCUUCAGUCUUUUGAUCCAACAUAAAUUAUCCAAGUAGACUAAACUUAUUUGAGUUGUUUCUUUUAGUUGAUUCUUCUCACCAUCGUGUCCAGAUCUGAGCUUUUCAUUUCAGCCCACACGUUUUAAUGACCCUCCAAUCUACCACUGUGCUUGGCACACUUAAAACUGAGCAGUUCAUCUUUGCCUUGAGGUCGUGUAACCAACGAUCUGUGUUGAAUAAUCUGCAUGGGUCUGGAACUUUUGUAAAAAUACACACACAUGGAGCUCAUUUUCCUUUAGUGGAUGCAGAAUUCUUUACUAAAUUACGGAAUUAUUUACUAUGGUCCUUUGAGGUCUUCGUUGCUUGCGAGUCUGUCUAAAUCGUGUUAUGAAAGAUGCCAUUGCACUGGUCGCUAACUUCGUGGCCCAAUGUACAAAUCCCCAGUCCUCACCUGCUGCACUGCUUUUGUUCAAUGUGAAAAAUGUGAAGCCAGCUCAAAACAAGCUGUUUUUAGUGUGCAUGUUCUGGUUUUACCCGUGUUAGUCUGUAACCCUUCAGGAUGUUGGUAAGUUAGGAACUGUACCUGACGUAUAGUGUUACCAGCAGAAGAUUUUUUUGACCUGGCUGAACCCAAAGUAACAGAUUUCUAUUUACGACAUUUCAUCCAAAGACUAUCUAGAAGUUACAUCAAAAUUUCACCAUUUAUCAGCACACAUGAGAAGUGACUAUAUGAAUAAGUACGCAUGACGUGCUGGUAGUGCUGUCAAAGAGUCCUGUUUCGUUGUAUGAUUUAUAUUUCGUGUAUGUAAUUGAAUAACUUGGUUAUGAACAUCCUCAUGUAAAAUGAAAGGUUGGAUUAUAACUAAAUUUAAAAUGAACAAUUGAAAUACAUACUGAUAUGUAGCGGACAAUAUCACGAUGCAAAUAAUUUAAAACUGUGAAGAUUUUAUUUUAAAGAAACUUAGUAUAGUUACUUUAUUUUCUUACAAAGUACAUUUAUAAUUGUGCAAUCCCUGUCUGCUAUUUUGUGAUAAUAAGUCAUAAUGUAACUGUAUCUUUGCAAAACGUCAAUGCUUUGACAAAAGCUAACACAAAAACAGACAAGGAUAAAUCAUGUUCAUGUCAUUUUGAUGAUCGGACCUGCUUAAUUGCAAUGUCCUCGGCAAACCCCACCAUUUGUGUUCACGGUUUAAAGAAAAAUGAUUUGUAAAAGCAAUACUUGACACAAAUAUGUCCAUGCAAGGUCAGUGCUCUCCUACUACUUGUGCUUAGCAUGGAUGCUUCUCCAUGUAGCCAAAUGUAAAGCAGAGGCCAAUGUCAUGAAGUGUUCGUAAAAGCUAUAAACCUCCCCACAUAAAAAGAUACUUGCUCUGUGCUUCUUGGCUUCAGCUUUUUUUUUUUUUUUUUCCUGCUUCAAGGCUGUUAAACAUGCUUUAACUCUUCGGUCUCCACUAAGGCACACUUUAGACAAAAACCUGCAUGCUUUGGCUGGAUCAGAGUCUAACAGAAUUUGUUUGCUCUUAUUAUUUCACCUGAUUGAAACAUUGUACAUUGUACAAAAGAUAUAUAGAGAAAUAUCUAUAGAACUUGGUGUAAAUAUAAGGGACGUGGUUGAGUUUAACAAUCGAAAAAACAAGAAUGUUACACUUGUGCUACAGUACAGUUGUUCAAUGACAUGCAUUUGUGUACAGUCAAUAGAAAUUACCACGAUUGACCACUGUGUUGGGUCAUCAAUAAAUUUCUGUGAUAAAC